AAGGACCAGACAUAGAACUAGUUGAUGGAUAAAUGUUUCUGUGCCAUCUGUGUCAAUGCAUGGAUAAUAUAUUACUUAUGUACCUGUGCAAAUGUCUAUGCAAAGCACAGCAAUGAUAAAUAAUCUCCAGGGCCCAGUCUGUCUAGUUCCUUCACCUGUACAGGAGAGACCCCGGGGUUAGGGGCACGUUGAGCAGACACAGGCUGACUUCUGCAGACGAUACCAUGGUUUUUCGCUCUAAUUAUUUCAUUUUUAUCGGGGUUCUACUGUCAUUUGUGAGGAAGGUGCGUCAUGUCGGGAUGAGUCAUCAAGGCUAAAAAUAGACAAAUCUGCUGUCAUUGAUUUAGAAUAUGUGCAACUUAUAUUAUUUGCCUUACCUUAGAAACUAAUAGCUGGUCGUUGGUAAAUGGAACAUUAAGGAAUCUGGUAAAAGAUGGAGAAGUUUGCCAUAGAUUUGGAUAAAGUUUUGGAUGAAUUUGAACUGAAUGAAGACGAUGCUUCAGAAGUAGCCCCAGGAAAGGAGAUCAAAGCCAGCGGUUUGGAGGACUUCCUGAAGGCCAGUGGGGAGACCCCAUACAGCCUCAUUCCUCCAUUAGAACCCCCCGAACAGUUCCAUACACCAGUUGCCAAGCUCAGGUCCAAUGAUGGUCCAGACACGAGGUUGAGAUAUGACUCUCCCUUUCAGACACCACCAGACACUCUUGACUUAGAUGACGCAGACUUUGGUCCGUCUCCGCUCAGACCUCCUAUAACAUUGGAGCCUGCUGCUCCCGACUUGUCUACCCCCAGUCAGAAUGGGGUGUCUGAAAUACACCAGUUCAGUAGUCAAACCCAGUCACGUGGUCCAAGUUUAAGUAGCAAUCUGUACAAUAAUAAUAUUUCUACACCACCAAUUUCUGAAACCAGGACUUCUCCCUAUUUGACUGGAAACAAUGGGAGGUCUUUAGAUAAGUCUGAUGCAGCUGUUCCUGUGAUGACCUUGUCCCAACAGUUCACACCGGGUCAGCUUCCUCCAGAAGCCAGGAUUAUUAAUGACAUUAAUUCUGUCAGCACAGGAAAGCUGACAACAGGGCCAGUGGCUGUCAAUGAAAAGUACACAGUUGCAAUAUCACAGACACCAAAGGCUCUUAACACUGCCAGGCCUAACAAGGCACAGAAUGCAAAUCUUUCUAGUCAAAAUAAAAACAUUAACCAUGGACCUGAACAUGGUUAUCAUUAUACAAAUUUGAAUGGAGCACCUGGCUUCCCGGUGAUGGGGGGCUUUAACAGUAUAAACAGUCUACCAGGAUCAGGAGUACAAAAUCAAAAUGUGUUAUCAAAUGAGGUUAGAAAUGCCACAGGUUUAAACAGAAAUGAAGGACAGGGGUAUGGAAGUUUAGAUCUUGAUACCAAAGAUAAAAUUGAAGUUGAAAAAAUGAGUAAAAACUUUGAGCAACAAGAUUCCUCUUCUACAGAGAGUAGUGUGGAAUCGGGUUUCGGAUCACCCCAGAGCACUUCUGCUGCCAUACCCAGAGGUUUUGGUAUGUCGGAAAUGGAUUUAGAAUCUAUUAAGCAAACAAAAGGAGGAGAAGCAAUAGACACAACAUAUCAUCAUCAUCAUCAUCACCAUCAAGAACAGGCCAGUGAAGGGCUCUCUGUAAAUAACCUAGCCAGCAUUGUGACACAGGCGCUCUUGGGAGAUAAUGAAAACACAGCAAUUGAAAGGAGUGAAGAAAUCUCCUCUUGUGGUCCAGAAAGUGGUCAGGGAAUUUGGACUGAAAGCAAUGUGGCUGUAAACUCGUGUACAGACAAUUCCAGUUCAGGUAGUCCAGCUCAGCAUGCUACUAGUUUGAGACCACAGACUGUAGAAGCUCGAACCAAGGUUGGUUUUGGAGAUUUAGAUGAUAUUGAGGUCACUGAAGGUGACUUGGAUGCUCUUUUAGAGGAUUUUAAUAUGACAGAUGAAAACAAACAGCUGCAGCAAAAUUCAUUUCCAAAAGCGACAGACAUUCACACUGAACUAAAACAGGUAGACAAGAGAGAAACUUGGAAACCAGUUGAGAGGGACUCUGGGGUGAGCUUGUCUCGGGACUCGGGUACACUGGCAAUAGAAUCUGAGGUUGCCUCAGUGAAAGGUAGCACGUCGUAUCCAGGUGGACAUAUGCCCACGCCCAUGGACGAUCCUGGGUUUGGGAAGAUUCCUGGUUAUGUAGAUACACAUGAUGCAAUAGUCGAGGAAGAGGAAGACGAGAGCAAGGCAGUUACUGAAACUUAUGUGCAGCCUGAAAGAUUGAAUGCUGCCCAUCAAGCGCCAGCGCGUGUCCAAACAGUAAAUGCUAUCAAAAGUCAAGAGUCUGGUUUGAAAGAGUCAACACCUGCACCAAAAGGAGAGAAUUCAGGCCAGGAUGACCAGGUUACCAUGGAAAACAGCACAACAGCAGCUUUAUCCCCAGUUAAAGAUUUGCCAUUAUCAUCAUCAUCAACAGAAGCAGCAUCAACAUCAGCAUUACCCUCACCUAGCAAGUUUGCCAGUAUCCAGACUGUGCAAGCAUUCACUGCCAGCUCCAGUCCAUCUCACAGUGCCCACAGUCCAUCCAAGGUGACCAGUGAUGGACAACAGACCAGGUCAGGAUAUUCUCCAGCCUCACCUCCCCAGUCGCCAUGGUCACCGCAGGAGCCACAAGUACGACAGAAAGAAACUGGACAGAUGAAGAGACCUAAUAGUCUGUUAGGUUUGUCCACUGUGUCUCUUCCUCCUCCAACCUUUAGCCCCAGUGCAGCAACAGCAAGGUCUCCUGGGCAAGAACCACAAAUUGGCGGAAGGCCCCGCCACGUUGAUGCUAUGGAGAAUCCACAUGACAUCGUUAAUGGGCAAAUAGCAGAGCAAAAUAGACAGCAGCUCAAGAAAAAACAAAUGAACCUCAAUAUUAAAAGUGUACAGAACAGUAAUGAAUCAGGCAUGGACGUUCAUCCUGAAAGGGGUCUCCAUGAUGGUAAUAAUACGGAAUGCUCCGUGGGUGAUUUGAUAGACAAUAAUACACUCUGUGAUACAGACACCGUGGGUGUUCCCUUAGUGUUCCCAGGGAGGCCUAACCCAGAUUGGUCUCAGACGCAGACCCAAGUGGUGCCAGAAGCAAGGUCUUCUUCACCAACAUCAGCACCAGUGCAGGGAGAUGGGGGAGAGAGUGUUGGGGUCACCCUCAUGGGUCCUGGCCAUGCUUCUCCCAGUCAGAUACCAGGUGAUACAGCGGCAGUAGAUGUCCAACCUGUGUAUGAUGAAGAUGGGGCAUCAGCGGCACCUCCAAGGCAAAAACGUCCAACCAGCUUGAAUUUACCUCCCAGAGAUGUGCGUGUGAGGGCAGAAGAUGACACGGUCCGGCCUCACUCUAUGGACAUGGCGCAGUUGGCAGAAGAGGCUGGAAUACGACCAGACAUUGUGGAUGAGAUUAUUGAGCCGUCAGAUGAUGGCAGUUUCCCAGUGGUUCCUCCUGUGACCACCCAGCUUGGGAAGGUGGGUCCCCUGUGGAUCCCCGACAGUGAAGCGGCCACCUGUAUGAACUGUAACAGUAGGUUCACCUUCACACGGAGAAGACACCACUGCAGGGCCUGUGGCAAGGUAUUUUGUGCUCCGUGUUGUAAUUUGAAAAUCAAACUACAUUACUUGGAGAACAAAGAUGGCAGAGUGUGCAGAAGUUGCUAUGACAUUAUAAAUAGAGCUCAAGCCUAUGAACACCUCCACGGGUCUCGUCCAAGUCCAAACCCUAACAACCCCAGUGAGUAUUGCUCCACCAUUCCGCCCUUGCAACAAGCCAAUGCAAACGCACCACCACCCACUGUCAUGGUUCCUACAGGGGUAUUAAAACGGGAAGGGAGCAGACGACAGGGAGAGCCCAAGUCUGUCAUGUUUUCAGAUGGGAUCAGGCCUGGCGGAGACUUGACGGAGCUGGAUGGAUCUGAUGAAAGGUUGCCAGCACGCCGCACGGGGAGGUCACAAAAGAAAGUGGCUCAGGCAUCAACACCAGUGCCAGCAGAUAGUGAUGCCAUUGCCACAGAUGGUCCUAGUUCCUCGACAGCUGUCAUCACACGACCUUUCAUGAACAACGACCAGGACAGGAACCCCUCUCUGAUACCCGAGGGUGGUCUACCGCCGGUCAUUCUGGAGACAGGGGUCAAAGGGGACUUUUCUAUUGAAGAGAAUCCCAGUUCAGAGCAACUGAUACCAAGAAUGAAAGAUGAGGAGGCAGAUCCUUUGGUAUUUGCUGUGAACAAGAACCUGUUUGUCAUGGCCAAGAUUGUUAAUUUGGACUGUUGUGUGAACCGUGUGUGCUGGACGUUCUCCACUAAAGGCAUGUGCACCGUGGGCCAGGAUGAAGUGGUCAUCAUCCUAGAAUGUCUGCCAGACGAGAAAGAGGUGCCAAGAGAUAUCUUCUGCCAUUUUCAAAAUAUGUAUGAGGAGGCCGGAAAAGGCAAUACAGUGUCAGACCUGGGCCACACCCUUUUCAAUCAAACCUUCUUGGACAGUAAAGACCAUGGUGGUUUCCUGUACAUUCGUCCAAGCUUUCAGUGCCUGCAGAAGUUGGCAUUGCCAGCUGCACCGUAUCUGUUUGGUAUUCUGCUCCAGAAGUGGGAGACGCCUUGGGCCAAGGUGUUCCCCAUCAGGCUGAUGCUGAGGCUGGGGGCGGAGUUUAGAUACUAUCCAUGUCCAUUGAUCAGUGUGAGAUUCCGUAAACCUGUGUUUGGAGAAAUAGGUCAUACCAUCAUGAAUCUGCUGGUAGACUUCAGAAACUACCAGUACAUGUUGCCACAAAUCAAAGGAGUUACCAUACACAUGGAGGAUAAGAAGACCUUCAUCAAUUUUCCACGAAACAGAUAUGAUGAUGUUCUGAAGGUUGUGAACAACAGUAAUGACCACGUGAUGGCUUUGGCAGCUUACUUCAGCCUGGAGGCGGACUCUCACCUGGUGUGUAUACAGAAUGAUGAGGGGAACUACCAAACUCAGGCCAUUAAUAUUCUUAACAAACCAAGAAAAGUGACUGGGGCCAGUUUUGUUGUCUUCAACGGUGCACUAAAGACCAGUUCAGGUCUCACGGCCAAGUCCAGUAUAGUGGAGGAUGGCCUGAUGGUCCAGAUUACUCCCGAGUCCAUGCUAGCCCUGAAGAGUGCCAUGCGUGAGAUGAAGGAUUAUACUAUAGGGUGUGGAAGUAUCACCUCUAGCCAGCCAGAGGAACAAGUCAUCACACAGUGGGUGGAGGAUGAUAGGCAUGUUAAUAUAGGGGUCAAGAGUCCCAUUGAUAACAUGCCCAUGGAUGGCAUAGAAAGCAUCCACAUCCACAAUGCCACAGACUUCAUUGGAGAACACAGAACCAUUCGCUGGACAGAGGUCUUUUUCAUCCGUAACGAAGAGGCUGUGGAUGCCCGCUGCGAGCCAGUGGACCUGAGUCGUCUGGCGGAGACCCUGGCACAGGCUUGUUGUAUUGCACUAACGCCACACCUGGAUAAACUAAAGGACGCACAGCUUGUCAAGCUUGGAUUUAGGGCCAAUAUUGAUUCAGAGACGGUGGGUUAUGAAGUUGGAAGCAAUGGUGAGAAGCUGCCUGCAUUUUACAUGAAUGACUUGGACAAUGAACUGAUUCCUGUCAUUCAUAAUGCAGCUUCCCAGAGUAGGGAAGGACCUGUUGUCCUAGAACUCAUAUUUCAUAUUUUGGAAUGAUGUUGGAAAUGCAAUUUGGAAACAUGAGGCUUACACCCGUUAAAGCUAGCGGACUCAUUUUUGGGGGGAGGAGAUUUUUUGUAAUUAGCAUCAUUAAAAAACAUCAUCCAGAUUUAUCAUCUGUGCUAUCAAUAAGCAUCACUUAUGAUGGUCUAUUUCAAGUAUGGUUCACUUCAGCAGUGGCUAUAUUGUAUGAAUACUAUGAGAUUUUUAGAAAAAUUAUUGAACCAAGAGUUUGAGCCAAGAGAUGCAUCUAUAAGUAUAUGAACUCUAGCUGGAGGACCCCCUUUCACUGAAGGAUGUCAGUUUUAAAGCCUACUUUAGACUGCUAAUUUUGAAAAGCCAGCUACACAUAGGUUUAGGAGCAACAGGACUUAUACACUAGUAAUGGUAUCAGUAGGCUCUGUUAUUAUGGCAAACAGACAUUGGUGACAAGCCAAUACUGCCUAUUAGGAUUUAGAUUGUCACUGAUUGAUUUUUACCCUAUUCCUUUUAAACGAAGGAAGCCAUCAAAAUUUAUUGAUAUGUAUACAAUCACCAUCUUUGUAUUGGAAGUAAACAAGAGACUUCCCCACUGCUAGGGGGUGUAGCACAUCCAUAACAUUGCUGGAAUUAUAUUCUUCAUAAAGAAUGAAAUAUAUCUAGAUCAGUGGAUCUGACCCUGAACAUGUUAAUUAAGGUACAUCUCAUUUAGAAUAAUGCUGUAUAAGAAUUUUACAGUUGUUUCAUUUGGCUGCUGGAACAUGAGCUGGUUGUUUCUUUUUUUUUAUCAUAAGAAAGCUUAACUUAGAAUGACUUUUAAAGCAGUCUCUUAGAAACUGGAUACUGAUAAUAAUUAAUAUGUAUAAACUAUGAAAGACUAUGUCCUUAAGGGAACAAAAGAGAAUGCUGCAUUGCAUCACUUUGAUAUGCUGUUGGGGCCUCUGGAAUAAGUCAUUUAUACCACCUUGUGUUCAUUUGAGGGUCUGAUAUAAGGGUCUGAAGUCCAAUGAGAUGUUUAUAACUUUUCUGCAUCAGAAAGUAGGAGAUGUUCAGCAAGUUUGUGUCUUUGGUAACAUACAACAAAAGAUGUUAAAUUAUUAUGAUUUUCAUAUUGAACAUAAAUUGUUGAAGAUUUAUAUAAAUCAUUUCUAGUCCAGUUUUGAUGAUCUAUCAUUCAUUGUGAGUAAUAUCAAGGUUAACCACCAGAAAGUCAAAUUGUUAUACCUCGUCUGCACAAUAAGAGAAGAAAAUCUUAACUGAUGACUUUCACCUGAAUUCUAGAAGCAAUACAAAGUGCCAGGAACAAAUGGUUGUGAAUUUGCAUCAAAAAAUGGUAGAAUUGUAACAAGGUAGAAAUUGAGUCUAUGUAACAUGAGAGUGCUUUUCUGAUUUUGAUGCAGUUUUUUGAUGGUUCCAUAGCCAAGCAGUUACUUCUGUUAUGCUGCAAAAAUUGAUGAGAAAUUUUAAAGCCAUUUCUUUCAUGGAUAGGAUGUUGAUUUGAGAAAAACUUUGAUAUGUUGCAUUACAGUUAUACACCCAUCUAGCUUUAAUAUAAGUUUAAACAUAUAUGGUUUCCACUCAUAUGCUUAAGAUAACUCAUCCAUUAGAACCUAUAGAAUUGGCCACACAUAACCUUGUUAUAUUCAUGACCUUCAUGUUUUUCCUCAGUUAAAGGAAACCCUAGUUUGAAACUGAUUCAAUGGCAACAACUGAAAUUUGAGUGUCAUUACACCAAGUGAUUUGUCUUAAAACAACUCAAGUGCAAGUAUGUUGUAAUCUGUUACAUAUCUAGUGUAGAUAAGCACUUCAUUACAUGUUAAGAUAUUAAAAACUCUAACCAUUCAUUCAUGUUUUUCCUUAAGAAUUUUGAAGAACCUUCAAGCCUUGUAAAUGCUGCUGAGAAAAGGGUUAGAAGCUGAAGUUCUAUUUUCAUGAUUACAGCACCUUAUAUAUGUGAUACUGAUUGUAAAGUCUGUGGGAACUAACAUGUUGUUCACCCAAUUGUUAUCAAAUAUGUUAUUAAUUAGAUAUGGGACAGUAUUCAAGACUUAUAGAGGAGUAAAGGAAAAAUAUAUCAGUUAAUUUAAUCCCUCAUAGGGAGAAUGAGGAAAUUAAAAGUAGCAUGGUAUACGGAUCACUUUUGUUGGGUAGGCUGAAGUGGCGUCCUCAUCCAUGCAUCAUAGUGUAUACUGUAUACAGGUGCUUUGUGGUUUGGUUCCUAUUUAUUGUAAGAUGUACAAAAUGUUAUAUUCUUUAUCAGAUUUAAUUAUAGUCAUUGUUGAUGUUAUGAACAGACUUAUUAUAUUUCCUUCAUUUUAUCACCAGAUGCACUGAAAUAUUAGUACAUAAUGGUAUCCAUUGUAUGUAGAUACAUUAUACAAAAUAAA